AUGUCCGCACCCAACAGCGCAACUGCCACCUCGAAGCCUGUAUCCAAGUCGUACUGGAAAGGCAAGGCCAAAGCCACUGAGAACGACUUCAACGACCUCAACCCCACAAUCACCUAUCGACACUUACACUCCAACAACCUCGGCGUACGCGAUCCACUGCGCGUUGUCGCGCUGUGCGACAGCGACGCGUUCUACGCGGCGUGCGAGCAGGUACGACUAGCGCUCGACCCCGCGCUGCCCCUCGUUGUGCAACAGUGGGACUCGCUCAUCGCGGUCAACUACCCCGCGCGCACGUACGGCAUCUCGCGCAUGGACAAGAUUCGAGACGCGCGGAAACGCUGCCCGGACCUCGUCGUUGUGCACGUCGCGACGUACAGGGAGGGCGAGGCGGAGCCGGGGUACUGGGAGAAUCCGGACACGCGCACGCACAAGGUGUCGCUGGACCACUACCGGCGCGAGAGCAUGAAGAUCAUACAGCUGUUCAAGGAGGGGCUCCCGGGCGGGGAAGUCGAGAAGGCGUCCAUCGACGAGGCGUUUAUUGACUUUACGCGUCCUGUGCGCGAGGAACUGCUCAAACGAUAUCCCUACCUCGCUGUAGUCCCACCUGACGCGCCGAAUGGUGUCGACAGUCCUCUUCCCCCUCCACCACCAAUAUCCUGGGACGGGCUAGCCACAAUCGUACCUGUGAAUCCGCCUAAAGAGCCACCAAAAGAACAAGAUCUCCCCGCUGGAGAAUCAGUAGAAUCUACUGCGGAGGACCAGAAGUCGAAUAUCUCGGAGCCAACUGACGACGACGAGGUCGUCGAGGAGGACGAUUCACUUACCACUUGGCACGAUGUCGCGUUGUCCAUCGCAGCAGAGCUUAUGCUACGUAUUCGAGAAGACAUUCGCACGAAACUGGGAUACACAACUUCUGCUGGUAUUGCACGGAAUAAGUUCCUCGCUAAGCUCACUGCCUCGUACAAGAAGCCAAUGAAUCAGACCGUCCUGCGAAACGCCGCGAUACCCAAUUACUUGAAACCAAUGGCCUUCCAGAAGAUCAGGUUUUUAGGCGGAAAACUCGGCAAGGCACUCGCAGAGGAGUACGACGUCUCCACUGUUGGUGAUCUCUUGACGAUAAGCCUGGAAGAGAUGCAACGAAAGUUCGGCGAAGACUCUAUCUGGGUGUAUGAGAUUCUACGGGGCAUCGAUCGAUCAGAAGUCAAGGAGAAAUCUGCGGUCAACAAGAGCAUGCUCGCCUCGAAAAACCUACCUCAACCGAUUACGAAGGCAACGCAAGGCUACCACUGGAUCCGGGUUCUAGCAGCAGAGCUCGCGUUGCGCCUCAACGAGGCGCGCGAAGCCAAUACUGCGCUAUGGCCGAAGACCAUUGUUUUGCAUAUACGACAAGGCUAUGAGACAUCGAAGUCGAAGCAGACGCCUUUUCCAUUCACCAAAACCGUCACCGUGGACGUAAUCGCAGCUUAUGGCGAUAAACUAUGGAAGGAACUGGUCGGCCCCGGCGGUUCAACACCAUUCAACGUCACCAACGUACAGCUAUCGUUCUCCGGCAUUGGGAUCAUGGAAACCGGCCAGCGGAGCAUAGAAGGGUUCUUGGCGGCCAGACGUGCGAUUGAGGAGCAGACUGUCACUCAGACCGAGGCGGCAGAGGGAAGCACAAGCAAACCUCCAUCUGCGCUGAAACGCAAACGCUCCGCUUCUCCCACAAAGGAACCCCGACAGUCAGAUCUACAAGACCAAGCUGUGUCCUCCGCCCGUCCAAGCGCGAUCAAUGAGCGGGACGAGCAGUUCUCCUUUGUCUGCGAGAAGUGUGGACAGCGCGUAUGGCUGGGCGAUGCAGAUGCGGCGCGUGAUGUGGAUGCGGAUGGUCGCCAGGAGCAUGCGGGCGCUUUUGACGCCAUCAGGGAGGAGGCGUUGGCUGCGCUGCGCCUUGAGCACGCUGAUUUUCACUUCGCACAGGAGCUCGCGGCGUCGGCGGAUGGGAAUGUCCCGAAGCGCGUCAUCCGGCCUGUGGAUCGACCCGCGCCGGCGGCCAAGAAGAAGAAGAGCAAGAAGAAGUCGGGCGAAGAAGGCAUCGCGAAGUUCUUCAGCAAGAGGUAGCCCUCAGUGCGG